AUGGAUCCACAAGCUCACUUAGGUCCGGGACAAUUGAUUGGUGGGACGUUUGCGCUGGACACAGAGAGUUUGAAGUGGGAGAGGUUGGAUAAGUUGGGUGAAGACGAGGAGACUCCAGAUAUCAGGGGAUGGUCGGCUUCCACGAGUGGAACCAUUGAUGGUAAGAAAGGGCUUGUGAUGCAUGGUGGGAAAGCUCAGACCAAUGGCCGCUUUGAUGAUCUCUUCUUUUAUGGGGUUGAGUCUGCUUAA